AUGGCAGCGGAAGCUCUCACUACGAGGGACGUCAUUCUCUGGUGUAAAACUAAUAAAUAUACCCCUAUUACGAGCAAUUUGGAAAAUACGAAUACAACAGCUUCCGAAGAAGAUGAUUCUCUAAUGCAUCCAUUAGGCUUUUGCAAAUUUUGUGGUAGUUUACGUGAGGAACAUAACGACAAUUCAGACGAUCAGUGCCCCCAGGCUCCGAAAGGAUGGAAUAGUAAAAAGCGUGCCACUGCUAUUAGCUCAUUAACCAGCGUUGACUUAUUGUUAAAUACUUUAGAACCGGGCUGGGAUGAACAAAAAGAUACGGAAAAUAUGGAUGUCGAUGUGGAUAUGGACGACGGUCGAGAGCCUGCAUUUGUGGGGACUCAUCCAAACAACGAUAUAGAGGGCAUAUCAGAAAGAGUUGAAAAAUGGGCACUUGAUGCUGAAACGAUGGAUAUUGCAAAUGAACGCACUUUGGACUGGAUCUGGUCUGUUUUAGGCCAAUUAAGAUUGAAGAGUAUAACGGCAAAUGAUAUGUUAUUUGGAAAAGAUGGAAAUUUGCAAGGCCCUACACCGAAUUUCGAUGUCACAUCCGCUAUGGUACAACGAUUGACUGUAGGAAAUAUAAUGGCACAGGUGAGUUCUCAACGUUCUCCCUUGAUGUUUCCAUACAUUCGUUGA